AUGAUUGUGAAUCCCUUAAGUUUGGAGUCUGAUAUUCCUAGGUCUUCAUUGAUGUUUAUAUAUACUUCCUCUGCUAAACCUCCUUCUGAUUUGAAACCCCUACAUCCAACGCAAAAUUUGAUCCCUUCUUCUAGUAAGGAAGCUUUGAUUCCUACCUUCGUCAGUCUUGCAGUUUCACUUCCUCAGUUUCAACGUCCUUUCACUACCACUGCCGUUCCUAAAAGCCCCGAAUUGGCAAGUGAUUCUGAUGAAGAAACUCUUGACAAUGCUCGUUCACACUUAAUGGAGGAUAUGCACCCCCUUAAUGAGGUAUCUGCUUGUACCAAGGUCGGAACUGAGCUUCUUGCCCAAUGUCAGGUUAAGUUUGAGGAGGGCCUACAGAAGCUAAAAGAACUUGGCAAGAUUCAUGAACGGCUGAACAGAAAGUACAAGAACUUCAAGAAAGGGUGA